AUGUCGGGUGGUCAGAGUUAUUACGAAUUCUAUAGGGGAUCAAGUAUCGGUACGGCCCUUACGGAUGCUCUGGACGAACUGAUCACUCAGGGUGAUAUCCCACCUCAACUAGCUAUGAGGGUAUUACAGCAGUUCGAUAAAUCCCUGACCGAAUGUCUCCAGAAAGGAGUUAAGAACAAAACUACCGUGAAAGGUCAUUUGGCAACUUAUAGAUUAUGUGACGAUGUAUGGACAUUCGUCAUUAAAGAUCCGCAAUUCAAGAUGGAAGGCGUUGGUGCAGGUGCGGAAACGGUAACAGCGCCGAAGAUCAAGAUUGUAGCUUGUAAGAGUGGUGAUGCGCCUGAAGGGAAGAAGAGCGGUGCGAAGAGUAAUGAUUUUGCUUGA